GGGUGGGGCGAGUGGUUCGGGGACUGUGACCGGCUGCGUUCGCCGCGGGGCUGGAGGCUGGUGCAUGUGGGCUCUCCGCUCGCUGCUGCUGCUGCGGUCUGCGGCGGGGCGCAGCAUGUCGCAGACACCCGCCCGCCGCCAGCGGCCGCCCAAGGACCCGCUGCGGCACCUGCGCACGCGGGAGAAGCGCGGCCCUUCGUGGGACCCCGGGGGCCCGAACACCGUGUACCUGCAGGUGGUGGCGGCCGGCGGCCGGGACGCGGGCGCAGCGGUCUAUGUCUUUUCCGAGUACAACCGGUACCUAUUCAACUGUGGAGAAGGCGUCCAGCGACUCAUGCAGGAGCACAAGCUGAAAGUGGCUCGUUUGGAUAACAUAUUCCUGACCCGAAUGCACUGGUGUAAUGUUGGGGGGCUGUGUGGAAUGAUUCUUACCUUAAAGGAAACUGGGCUUCCAAAGUGUGUACUUUCUGGACCUCCACAACUGGAAAAAUACCUAGAAGCUAUCAAAAUAUUUUCUGGGCCAUUGAAAGGAAUAGACCUGGCUGUGCGGCCCCACUCUGCACCCGAGUACAAGGAUGAGACCAUGACGGUUUUCCAGAUCCCUAUACACAGUGAACAGAGGUGUGAAGCGCACCAGCCAUCACAGAGUCCUGAAGGGUUCAGUCCGGGGCAGUCUCCAGCCUCACAAUCAACUGAAAGUGAGCAGCACCUUCCAGCUGGUGUUUCCCAGAAACCGGGUGGCAGGGACCCCUCGCUGGUUGUAGCUUUCGUCUGUAAGCUUCACUUGAAGAAAGGAAACUUCUUGGUGCUCAAAGCAAAGGAGCUGGGCCUACCAGUUGGGACAGCUGCCAUUGCUCCCAUCAUUGCUGCUGUCAAGGACGGGAAAAGCAUCACGUAUGAGGGUCGAGAGGUUUUUCCUGAAGAGAUCUGUACUCCUCCAGAUCCUGGGCUUGCUUUUGUUGUGGUAGAAUGUCCAGACGAAGGAUUUGUUCAGCCCAUCUGUGAGAAUGCUGCCUUCAGGAGGUACCAAGGAAAGGCCGAUGCCCCUGUGGCCCUGGUGGUCCACAUGGCCCCGGAGUGCGUGCUUGCAGAUGGCAGAUACCAGCAAUGGAUGGAGAGGUUUGGGCCUGACACCCAGCACCUGAUCCUGAACGAGAACUGCACGUCUGUUCACAACCUCCGCAGCCACAAGAUUCAAACGCAGCUCAACCUCAUCCACCCCGACAUCUUCCCCCUGCUUACCAGUUGCCGCCCUCAGGAGGAAGGUUCCUCGGCUGUGCCUGGCGUCCGGGGCGAAUGUCUGCUCAAGUAUCAGCUGCGCCCACGCCGGGAGUGGCAAAGGGAUUCUGUUACUACUUGCAAUUCUGAUGAGUUCAUAGCCGAGGCCCUGGAGCUCCCCAAUUUCCAGGAGAGUGUGCAGGAGUACCGGAAGACCGUGCAUGAUGACCCGGCCCCAGCAGAGAAAAGAAGUGAGUACCCGGAGAUCGUCUUCCUCGGAACGGGGUCUGCCAUCCCAAUGAAGAUUCGGAAUGUGAGCUCCACGCUUGUCAACAUAAGCUCCGACAAGUCCCUGCUGCUGGACUGUGGUGAAGGCACAUUCGGGCAGCUGUGUCGUCACUAUGGUGAAGAGGUGGACAGGGUCCUGGGCACCCUUGCCGCUGUGUUUGUGUCCCACUUGCAUGCGGAUCACCACACGGGCUUGUUGAACAUCCUGCUGCAGAGAGAACGGGCUUUGGCAUCGCUGGGGAAGCCGUUUCACCCUCUGCUGGUGGUCGCCCCCACCCAGCUCAUGGCCUGGCUCCAGCAGUACCACAACCAGUGCCAGCCGGUUUUACAUCACAUCAGUAUGAUUCCUGCCAAGUGCCUUCGGAAAGGAGCUGAGGUCUCUAGCUCCAAGACUGAGAGGUUGAUUAGUUCGCUCUUGGGAAAAUGUGAACUGGAAGAGUUUCAGACCUGCCUGGUCCGGCACUGCAAGCAUGCCUUCGGCUGCGCGCUGCUUCACAAGUCUGGCUGGAAAGUCGUCUAUUCGGGGGACACCAUGCCCUGCGAGGCUCUGGUCCAGAUGGGGAAAGAUGCCACCCUCCUAAUACACGAGGCCACCUUGGAAGAUGGCCUGGAAGAGGAAGCUGUGGAAAAGACCCACAGCACUACCUCCCAGGCCAUCGGGGUGGGGAUGCAGAUGAACGCGGACUUCAUCAUGCUGAACCACUUCAGUCAGCGCUAUGCCAAGAUCCCCCUCUUCAGCCCCGACUUCAAUGAGAAAGUCGGAAUUGCCUUCGACCACAUGAAGGUCCGCCUCGCAGACUUCCCCAUGGUGCCCAAGCUCACCGCCCCCCUGAAAGCCCUGUUCGCCGGCGACAUCGAGGAGAUGGAGGGGCGCAGGGGGAAGCGGGAGCUGCGGCUGGUGCGGGCGGCCCUCCUCUCCACGCAGCAGGUGGAAGGCCCUGAGGACAGGGCGCCCCCGCAGAAACGGGCCUCCGCCCGCGAGCCCCAGAGCCCACAGAGCAAGAAGGUGAGGGCCCUGUGAAGACUGGAGUGAACCUGAACUCGGACGGCUCGUGGCUCCCCGCGGCCACCGUGUUUGCCCUCCUGGCCUGAUGGGGGCCAGAGGGCACCGCUGCACAGGGAGCCUUGCGGGGCAGGCAGGCAUGAGGCUGAGCCUUGACUUGGGCUCUGGGUCCUGGGCAGGGACUGUCUUGGAUGCUGGAUGUCUCCUGCGACUGGUGCCUCUAAGCUGUGGGACAGGAGGCUGCUGAAUGGAAAAGGGUAGAGACAGCUGGAUUCUAUGUAGACCAACCUUGAAAGGAGUCAUUAGGGAAACCAGCUCCAGCCAAGUUAUCCCCUCUGCAUGCCAGAGGCAACCCAUGUCCUGGGGGCACUGGGUUGCGUGAGGUCUGGGUAUCCAAAGAGUCGAAGAAUAGUAUUUACAAAGGCACAACAAAUAAAGACUCUGUUUGGAACCCGAGUGCUGUACUUCAUUCUGGGCAGCAUCUUGCUGCCAGGGACCCUGGGUGCCCUGGAAGCCAGCGCUGAUAACAGCAGGGACCCCUGUCCUUGGAGCCUGUCCCCAGGGAGCUGCCACCCCCCAACAGCCUAGUUUUUUGACAGAAGUCAAGUGCGAGCACGGCAGUGGAGUGGCUUCACACACUGGGAGUGCCCAGGCUGGGGGUGUGCAGUGGCUCAGGAGACAGGUCUUCCCAUUCCUUGGGGGCAAAUGGAGACAAUAGAUCUGUUCCUUCUUCUGUAAUAAGAAUGAGACCCUCUGCCCUUCCAAGUAUUGAGAAAUGUCACAUCAGGCUGGCUCCCAACUCCUCUUCGGGGGAUUUAACAACACCAAGGCUUGUUAUUGAGACUUUUCCAAGAUGAAUCCAGUAUUUAUUCGUGUGUUCUUCCCACCCAAGAAAAUGCAGAAAGAGCUUUAAAAACAGGUGAUGAGAGAGAUACAGGCCAAGGACUUACCUGGCUUGCCUGUGGCCACAGGUUUUCUCCUGAGCUAGCACCUGACACGAUUCCUGUGUCUGCCCAGAUUUAUUAAAACAGAUGGGCCACGCUCAGGGAUAAUAAAUCUAUUUUAAUAACAUUACUUUUGACAACUAUUUGUACAUGUAUUUAAAGGUAGCUUUCAACCCCUGGGCAAAUUGGGUACUGAACCGCCCUUGCCAAGAAGUGAGCAAAGCUGUUAACAUCAAAAGUUUGCAAAUCCUGCUGUCAGAGAAGGGUUAUUUUACAUUGUUGGGAAAAUAACUAAGCAUUUAAAUUUCUCAUUGUACACCUAUACAUUGGUUUAGAUUGAAUGGCUCAAAUCAAACAAAUAUAGAGAUUUCAUAUGUACAAAUAUUAUAUCCUGUAUAGGUUUAUCGUAUCUAUGUUAAAAGGAUAAAAUUGUAAAGUUUGACCGUG